AUGGAAUCAUACGAGCAGUUUAAAAAAUCUCUGUACAUUCAGACGUCGCUCAAUUCAAGUAUUUCAAAAAAUAGUUCAUCUAGUUCAUCUUCAAACUCCAUUCCUGCUCAAAGCGCUCCGGAUAUUAACGUUUCUUUCUCACCGAGCAGUGAGCCAACAAAGCAAGAAAAAGAAGAUGAUAAGAAGGAGGUUGAAGAGAAGAAAGAAAAUGAGAAGCCGGUAGACGUUAAGGUGGAGGAAAAAGUGAUGGUAAAGGUGGAGGCCACCCAGAACACGGACAAUAGUCAGGAAUUGAAAGCUCCAGAAGAGAAACCAAAGAAAAAGAAGAAAAAGAAGUCGAAUAUCAUUGCUACGGCUUCUGUUGAGAAAAUCUCGAUUGUUCCUGAAAAGGAAGACUUUUCGAUUUUGGAGAAGAAGCUCCGCGAGUUCAACUUCUACCAUGGCUUUUUUCCUCGAGAGGAUCUUCAAACAACUUUGCACAAUCUGGGGGAUUUCCUUCUUCGAGUUUCUGAAGUUGUGGAAGGAGAACACAAAGUUAAUCGGGAAGUGAUUCUAUCACUCAUUCCAGUCUCCACGGUAUCCAGGGACGAGGAGGAGAAGAAGAAGCCUCGAAACGUUGUCAUAAAACGCGUAAGGAACUUAUUCUUCUGUGAGCCUCCUCGGACAUUCGAGUCGAUUUCUGAUCUUCUCAAUUACUACACGAAGAACCAUGGAGGAUGUGCAUCUGGAACAUUUCAAUUAAAACAUCCAAUUCUUCAACAAUCUUGGGAAUUUAUGCAUUCGGACGUAACAAUUGGAAAGGUUCUUGGAGAAGGAGCAUUCGGAAAAGUUUGCUCUGGAACUUUGAAACUUAAGGAUGGAACGAAUGUGGAUGUUGCAAUUAAAAUGACAAAAGUGUCGGCAUUCCUCAGCAAAAUGAAGAUCAAGGAAAUGAUGAAUGAAGCGAGAUUUAUUCGAAACUUCAAUCACAAAAAUGUGGUUCGUUUGUAUGGAGUUGCACAUCACGAACAACCACUCUACAUUCUGCUGGAAUUGGUCAAAGGUGGAUCAUUGCAAGAUCAUAUGAAGAAGGAAAAAGGAGCUGUUUCAAUUGUGGAAAGAAUCAAGUUUUGUCGUGGAGCAGGCAGAGGGAUCGAGUAUUUGCAUCAGAACAACUUGACAUCGCUGCUCGUAACUGUCUUCUUCACGAAAAAGUUGUCAAGAUCACCGACUUUGGUCUCUCCAGAACUGGACCAGCCUACAAAAUGAAGACGGCUUGCAAGCUUCCAGUCAAAUGGCUCGCUCCGGAGACUUUGACAACACUCACGUUCUCCUUUGCUACUGAUGUGUACAGCUGGGGAGUCACCUGCUACGAAGUGUUUGCUGAUGGUAUCGAACCGUUCUUUGGAAUUCAAAAUUCCGUGGUGAAGACCGACAUUGUCGCGAACAAAUUCCUGCAGAUGCCUUCCAACACUCCUGAAUCUAUCAAGAAGUACAUGGAUGCUUCGAUUUUUGUCGAAGGAUCGCGUCGUGCUACUAUGACGUCGGCAAUUGCUGAGUUCAAAAAGAUCAAGUUGGCUCUAGAACGUCCUACUUCAGAUAUGUUAUCAGUUGGAGCUGGAGCGAAGAAAGUGAUGAAACUAUUGAAGAGAAAUAAGCAAGAAAAAGCUUCAAAAGGAGAUUAA